AUCAGACGGGUGCCCAGCAGUAGGGAAAGCAUUUUGGAAGGGAUUUUAAGGUGAAUACAACUUCCAGUAAAAGAUUUCUUUUUAACAACAAAGGCAGGAGAAUUCCAAUAGCUGGUCAAUUCUUUACUAUAGUGAGCAUCUAGAUGCUCCUGAAGCACCUGUUUUAGAAUCCGCAGCUUGUCUUCUGUUAAAGGCCACGGCUUAACCCAUAUUGGUUUCUCAGUUAACCAUUUUAAAGGUAAAUAAAUAUGGACAAUAAAGGUGAACAAUUACUUAACUUCAAAGGCUAUAACUUUGUACGGUCUUUAGUUAAAAUGAACAUAAUGGAAAAUACCGACAAUCAGGAAAUUAGAGAUGAUGAUGUCUUCAUAGUCACAUAUCCAAAAUCUGGUACUUUCUGGACACAACAGAUCCUAAGCCUGAUUUAUUUUGAGGGACAUAGGAACAACACUGAAUACAUUCAAACCACAGAGAGAUCAAUAUUCUUUGAGUACAAUGCUCGUAAUGUGGACUAUGCCAAAAUGCCAUCGCCUCGUAUCUUUUCUUCCCACCUACCAUAUUAUUUAGUGCCAAAAGGUUUGAAGAACAAAAAAGCCAAAAUUCUUUAUAUCUACAGAAAUCCUAAAGAUGUUUUGACCUCUUACUUUCAUUUUUCAAAUUGGUUGCAUAAUUUUGAAGACUCAAAUUCUGUAGAAACAUUUAUGCAAGCGUUUCUAGAUGGAAGAGUCCUAGCAAGCAAUUGGUUUGACCACAUAAGAGGCUGGUAUGAACACAGACAUGACUUCAAUAUUAUGUUCCUUAGCUAUGAAGAUAUGAAGAAGGACCUCGGGGGCUCAGUGCUUAAAAUCUGCAGUUUUCUGGAGAAAGAACUGAGUGAAGAAGAUGUGGAUGCUGUUGUGAGACAAGCUACAUUUCAGAACAUGAAAUCUGACCCACGAGCAAAUUAUGACGAUAUUAUAAAGAAGCAAAUUGGGACAAGAAAUGAUGAGGGAACAUUCUUCCGCAAAGGAACCAUAGGAGACUGGAAGCAUCACUUGACUGUGGAUCAGAAUGAAAGAUUUGACAGAAUAUUCUACAGGAAUAUGAAAAACAUUCCCUUAAAGUUCAUUUGGGAUAUAAAUGAAGAGUAGAACCUUAAUUACCACAUGAAUUGAUCAUAUAAAAAUGUACUAAUCAAAGGUCAUUCAUAAAUAUUAAAAUUAAUUUCUUUCACUCACUUAACUAUGAAAUAUAAAACACAAUUCUCGAACAAUAUAAUUAACUUAUGCUUAGCUUGCUGGCCAUAACACUGAUUUCAAAAGUAGCUUUUAGCAUUGGUAUCUUUCACAAAAAUGGUAUAACAGAAAACAUAAAACAUGGCUUGUGAUCUUCAGAGAUUCUUAUAUAGUUCACAUUUUCUUUACCUUUAAUUAAUUCAGGAUUAAAUAAACACUAAAAAUCAGUUUACUCUAAUACUUAACAUUAAUAGUUUGCUUUCAAAAUCAAUAUGUUUGUUCAAAUGUGCUCUGUGAAAUAGAGAUGUCAUAUGAAAACAUUUAUGCCUUUUUUAAAUACUAUAACAGAUCUCAGUUUGUAGUAAAGACAUAAAAGUUAAAGAUUAAACAUAUGCUGGUUUAAGUGUGGAUGUCCACACCACCAUGCAGCAGAUCAUGGGGCUAGCUCACUCACACUCAGUCUUCAGGGUCUGCUCACCCACACCUGCACGAGGAGCAACAGCUCUUCUAUGCUGCCCUGAGGAGCUCCAGGGCCUGCUCUCCAGACUGGUACAGACAGUGAGGGGCAGGUCCAACUGUGUGAAUCCCUAUCCUCACCUAUCCUCACUGCUUUGGGUGGAUAAAGGAUUCAUGGACAUCAACACAAUAGCAUUCAUGGCAAGGUCAUGGACCCAGACAUGGCCCCUGACAGCAAUGUAGGCCCAGAUGACACCAUGGCCCUGGGUGGCAGCACAGGAUACUCAGAUCUAUAUGACCCCAACAGAGACUCAACCCUUGGACAGUAACUUGACCCUAGGUAACAGCCCAGACUCCUGAUGUUUGAGUGGCCCUUAGUGGAUCUACGCUCCAUGCACACAGCAGAAUGUGCACAACACGUCACCUGUGCACCACACUAGAGCUCUCCCUGUUGGCAGGGGGUGGGUAGCCAGGCCUGUGAGCAUGAGAGCAGGAAAGCUGUACCCUCCCUCAUAAGCCAAGAGAUGGCAAGGGUAAGGGAAAUGUGCCCUUACUGCCCACCCCUUGCCACCUAAAACACAUAGGAGGGCCAACCUUGGGGGCAUGAAAAUGGAAGAGCUGAUUCUGCCUUCACCAGGUGACUGGGCAAAACAGUAGAGCUGGCUGUGGCAGUGUGAGUGUGGGUAGGCUGAACCUGAGGGUGUAAUAACAGGAAAACUGGCAUCAUUCUUUGCUAUUGGCUGCAUCAAGUGAGUGAGCCAGGGCUGUGCUGGAGAGCUCUCCCAGUUAGUGAUGGUGAAGGAAAGCUGACAGGCUGACCAAUCCAGCUACCACCCAGAUCCAGAACCUGGUCUAUGAGUUGGCCCAUCCCAACAUGCACGGAAUCCAUGAACUGUUGGAGCAUGUGAUGAGACCAGACCUGCAGAUCCAGAGCUACUGAAUCUCUAUGACACAAGGCACCAAAGGGAUAUCCAAGAGCAGCCUCAGUGAGGGCCCAGUAUCCAGGGCAUAGCAGAAGCCAGAGGCCUUGAACCAGACCAAUGAGCAUUGCAAUUAACACAAGUUAAGAUGUAUGGACUAAAGGGUAUACAGUGUGACUCGCUAUUUCACACAACACCAUUCAUGCUGAAAUACUUUUUCUUUGUUUGUUUUGUGCUUUUCUUUUAAAUUUUAUUUUAUUUUGUGGAUGGAGUUUGCAAGAGCAGAAGGUAGAAGUGAGGAGAUAGGAAGAGGAGUGGGAUUGGGAUACAUAGUGUGAAAUCCACAAUGAAUCAAUAAAAGAUAAGUAAAAAAUCCUGCUGGUUUAAUUACAAGGUACUUGGAUGAAAACAGUUCUGUCUGUAACAUAUGAUCAUUAAGCCUAUGCCAUAAAGUCAUUUUAAUAACUAGAAAAAAUCUAGGUGAAUUUCAAUUCUCAAUGUAGAAGGAAUUUAAUUAAUAAAGCAAUUACAGAUGUUUAAA